AUGGAACUGAUGGCACAGGAUGGCUACACCUGGACUUAUAGGCAGUGCCGAGAUAAGCUAAAGAAACUGAAGUCAGAUUAUAGGGCAACUGGAGAGCACAACGAGCGGAGUGGCUCAAAUACAAAAGACCAGUUACGAUACCACCCAAAUUGCACUGAGGAUCCCUCCCACAGUGCGGCAAAGCAGGUCAACCUCCACUGUAGUGGCAAAUCACCUAUAACUGGGAAUAACCAAGGAGCGCUGAAUGGAGUGGAGACACACUUACCAAUGGCAAAGCAGCAUAAGUGGGGAGAUAACAACUUGUAUCAACUGACAAGACAGGGAAUAGGCUGCAAAGAAUAUGUGGCAGUGGUUCCUGCAAAUGUUCAGAAGUCAGUGCUGAUUAAAGAAGAAGCUCCUGAAGAACAGUGGCCUGAUGUGAACCAGCAGGACGUAAAUUGCCUCCACAUAAAAGAGGAAGAGGAGGAACAGUGGACCAGUCUGGGGGGAGAGCCACUCAAUGUGAAGGAAGAGACAGAUGUCACCAGCUUUUCAUUCACUACAGUUCCUUUGAAGAGUGAGGGUGAUGAAGAGAAACCUCUGUUUUCACAGCUUCAUCAACACCAAGAUGAAGUCGGUGAUCUUCUGACCAGCAGCUCAGCUGACCACAUAGAAUCAGCAACUGGUGGAGGGUCCUGUGGAGGAGCAGAAACUACAAAAAAUCCAGAUCUAAAUAGUUGUGAAUACAAUUCUGACUCUUCAGAAACUGAAGUCAGUGAGGAUGAUGAUGAUGUGAAUAAUCCUGACUCUCAUGAGAAACACUUAUCAGACUGUAGGUCAAAAACUGAAGACACUGAUAAAGACUGGGAGUCUUUUCCCAGCAGCAUCCCUGAGUUAGAUGGAAAUGCUGUUGACAAAAAUGGACAAAAGCCAUUUUUUUGUGAUCUGUGUGACCGAAGGUUUACCAGAAAGGACAAUUUAAACAAACACAUGAUAAUCCACACAGGACAGAAGCCCUUUUCUUGUAAUCUGUGUGAAAAAAGUUUUUUUGACAAGGGCAAUUUAAACAAACACAUCAUAAUCCACACAGGACUGAAGCCCUUUUCUUGUUAUCUGUGUGAUAAAAGGUUUUUUGAAAAGAGCAAUUUAAACAAACACAUGAGAAUCCACACUGGACAGAAGCCCUUUUCAUGUGAUCUUUGUAAACAAAAGUUUUCCCAAAAAGGCCAUUUAAGCACACACAUGAGAAUCCACACAGAAGAGAAGCCAUUUUCUUGUGAUCUGUGUGAACAAGGGUUUGCCAGAAAGGACCAUUUAAAAACGCACAUGAUUAAACACACAGGACAGAAGCCAUUUUCUUGUGAUCUGUGUAAACAUAGGUUUUCCGAAAAGGGCAGUUUAAAGAAACACAUGAGAAUCCACACAGGACAGAAGCCCUUUUCUUGUGAUCUGUGUGAACGACGUUUUCCCCUAAAAUAUCAUUUAAACACACACAUGAGAACCCACACAGGAGAGAAGCCAUUUUGUUGUGAUUUGUGUGGACAAAGGUUUUCCAGAAUGAGUAGUUUAAGAAGACACAUGAGGAUCCACACUGGGGGGAAAAAUUAAUUUGAAAUAACUCAAAGGCAUGAAGCAGCACAGUAGGAAAAAUUAUUUUAUACAUGUAUAC